GCCGACAGCAGCUUGGAGUUUUUCGUCGAGUCUUUCGACAGAAUAGCGAGUAGGGGCCGACCGCUCCUGACGGCAGUGAUCAACGGCAGUGAGAGUGAGGUGAAAUCGCUGCUAGAGAAGGGCGCUGAGCCCAUGGAGAGGGAUGAGAUGGGACGCAGCUCACUGCAUCUGGUACCAGCCUACACUGGCGACUCUUCGCUGCUGCGGCUGCUUGUAGAACGGCUGGAGGUGGCGGCGGUGACGAGGGACGGAGGAUCGGCAUCAGGGGCAGCAGAAGCAGCAGUGUCACGGGGAGCCGCGGAGGCGAAGUCAGUAUCCGAGGUGGAUGAGGCGCUGAGGUCCGUCGAACCCCACCGGGUGGCGACCGACUCGGAUUCGGCAGAGGCUUCGGGGACACCUGGGGCGUGGGGUGUUGGGGAAGAGACGGGAGCAGUUGGUCGACUACAGUAUGCGAAGGCGGUGUCUGAGGCGAUGGGUGCGGAGGACGGGCUGCUGCACUGGACGCCACUGCGCUACGCCGCGGAGCGCCGGCGCUGGUGGGCGGUGCCUGCGCUUCUGGAGAUGGGCGCCGAGAUGCAUCACCUGGGAGACUUCCAGCGCGGCCUGCACACACCUGAGGAGCUGUGGCGCGUUUUCAAAGAAAAUGGAUACAGAGCACUGUUCGAUCAUAUACUUGGCAAGAAUCAGUCCCAGAUUGUCAAACAGACAAACGAAAACAAGAGGCUUUUAGAGAUCCAGGUUGGAGUAUCUAUCGCGUGUGUGGAGAUGUCUCGAAUGCAGUUCACAGAAAUCGGGUUUGAAGCUGAAAGCAAUGGUCAUAUUGAGGUGCUGAAGCUCUCUGUGUCUAAGGCACUAGACAUACUCAAAAAGAGACUAAGUGAUGGAUCUACAGCACAGGAGGUUGAGCUAGACCAGUGGAGAGAGACACUUUCUGAAUUUGUGAAUGACAGUAUAGUGCAGCAGCUGACAACAGCCAGUGACAGUACCACGCUGCGCGGUGCACUUGGUGCGACGAUGUUGUACGACGCAGUAGUAACAGGUAAUGCAGAAUGGGUACGACUGCUGAUCCAGGCUGGGGUUGACCUCAAUGUACAGUUCAGUAGGGGUGUGACAGCUACACAUGAGGCAGCAGUUGCUGGGAAUGUCGACUGCUUAGAGUCGCUACUCUCUGCUGGUGCUGACGUCAAUGUGAAAGACAAGUCAGGUCUCACUCCACUGCACUGCGCAGCAGUGACGGGCAGGGCGCAGUGUGUGAAGCUACUGCUGCGGGCCGGCGCAGACGCGCUUGCGCAGGACUCGGAACGGCGAAGUCCGCUGCAUUAUGCAGCAUAUGCAAGGGCUGCGGAAUGCGUCAGGCUACUGGCCAAUUCAGCCAAAAACCUGGAGGUUAGAGACCUUGAAGGCGACACACCACUGCACUGCGCUGCAAGGAAUGGCGACGUUAAAAGUGUGGAGCACCUGUUACGUGCAGGGGCUCACAGCAGCCCAUUGAGUGACACCGUGGGCACACCUCUGCACGUGGCAGUAUCGAGAGGCAACGUCGACUGCGUGAGGCUGCUGCUGCAGGCAGGGGCCAAUCCGACGGCGGGAACUGCUGGUGGUUCAACUGCGAUGCCCUUGGCCGCGCGGAGAGGCAACCCAGAUAGUGUGAGGCACAUCCUGAAAGCUGGUGCGAGUAUCCAAGAGAAGGAUGAUAUCGGUUUGACUCCGCUUGCCAUUGCAGCAGCAUCCCACAGACCAACCUGCAGGAGGGUACCGGUGGAAGGAGGAGCUGACGUGGACCAGAGGGACUGUGAGGGUCACACACCACUGCACCACGCAGCAGGGACGGGCAACGCUGAGAGUGUGAAGCUACUACUGGACGCUGGUGCAGAUGCACUUGCCCAGGACUCGCUAAGUAGGACACCACUGCAUGCAGCAUCAGGCCAGGGGAAUGCAGAAUGUGUCAGGCUACUGGUGAAGAAAGGAGCUGAUGUCGACAAGAGGGACAGCAUUGGUAGAGUACCACUACACUAUGCAGCAUGCUAUGGCAAGACUGAGAUUGUGAAGCUACUGCUGGACGCUGGUUCAGACCGGCUUGCGGGGGACUUCCAAAGUAGGACACCACUGCACGUUGCAUCAGUUGGGGGGAAUGCAGAAUGUGUCAGACUACUGGUGAAGAAAGGAGAUGAUGUGGACAAGAGGGACAGCAACGGCCUAACACCACUACACUAUGCAGCAGCCAGUGGCAAGACUGAGAUUGUGAAGCUACUGCUGGACGCUGGUGCAGAUGCACUUGCCCAGAGCUCGCUAAGUUGGACACCACUGCAUGUAGCAUCAGGCAAGGGGAAUGCAGAAUGUUUCAGACUACUGGUGAAGAAAGGAGCUGAUGUCGACAAGAGGGACAGCAACGGCCUAACACCACUACACCAUGCAGCAUCCAGUGGCAAGACUGAGAUUGUGAAGCUACUGCUGGACGCUGGUGCAGAUGCACUUGCCCAGGACUCGCUAAGUAGGACACCACUGCAUGCAGCAUCAGGCGAGGGGAAUGCAGAAUGUGUCAGACUACUGGUGAAGAAAGGAGCUGAUGUGGACAAGAGGGACAGCAACGGCCUAACACCACUACACUAUGCAGCAUCCAAUGGCAAGACUGAGAUUGUGAAGCUACUGCUGGACGCUGGUGCAGAUGCACUUGCCCAGAACUCGCUAAGUUGGACACCACUGCAUGCAGCAUCAGGCGAGGGGAAUGCAGAAUGUGUCAGGCUACUGGUGGAGAAAGGAGAUGAUGUGGACAAGAGGGACAGCAACGGUGCAACACCACUACACCGUGCAGCAUCCAGUGGCAAGACUGAGAUUGUGAAGCUACUGCUGGACGCUGGUGCAGAUGCACUUGCUCAGGACUCGCUAAGUACGACACCACUGCAUGUAGCAUCAGUCAAGGGGAAUGCAGAAUGUGUCAGACUACUGGUGAAGAAAGGAGCUGAUGUGGACAAGAGCGACAGCAACGGCCUAACACCACUACACUAUGCAGCAUCCAGUGGCAAGACUGAGAUUGUGAAGCUACUGCUGGACGCUGGUGCAGAUGCACUUGCCCAGAGCUCGCUAAGUUGCACACCACUGCAUGUAGCAUCAGACGAGGGGAAUGCAGAAUGUGUCAGGCUACUGGUGAAGGAAGGAGAUGAUGUCGACAAGAGGGACAGCAACGGCCUAACACCACUACACUAUGCAGCAUCCAGUGGCAAGACUGAGAUUGUGAAGCUACUGCUGGACGCUGGUGCAGAUGCACUUGCUCAGGACUCGCUAAGUAGGACACCACUGCAUGUAGCAUCAGGCAUGGGGAAUGUAGAAUGUGUCAGGCUACUGGUGAAGGAAGGAGAUGAUGUCGACAAGAGGGACAGCAACGGCCUAACACCACUACACUAUGCAGCAUCCAGUGGCAAGACUGAGAUUGUGAAGCUACUGCUGGACGCUGGUGCAGAUGCACUUGCCCAGGACUCGCUAAGUAGGACACCACUGCAUGCAGCAUCAGGCAAGGGGAAUGCAGAAUGUGUCAGGCUACUGGUGAAGGAAGGAGAUGAUGUGGACAAGAGGGACAGCAACGGUGCAACACCACUACACCGUGCAGCAUCCAGUGGCAAGACUGAGAUUGUGAAGCUACUGCUGGACGCUGGUGCAGAUGCACUUGCUCAGGACUCGCUAACUAGGACACCACUGCAUGUAGCAUCAGGCGAGGGGAAUGCAGAAUGUGUCAGGCUACUGGUGAAGAAAGGAGAUGAUGUCGACAAGAGGGACAACGACGGUGCAACACCACUACACCGUGCAGCAUCCAGUGGCAAGACUGAGAUUGUGAAGCUACUGCUUGACGCUGGUGCAGAUGCACUUGCUCAGGACUCGCUAAGUAGGGCACCACUGCAUGUAGCAUCAGACGAGGGGAAUGCAGAAUGUGUCAGGCUACUGGUGGAGAAAGGAGAUGAUGUGGACAAGAGGGACAGCAACGGUGCAACACCACUACACCGUGCAGCAUCCAGUGGCAAGACUGACAUUGUGAAGCUGCUGCUGGACGCUGGUGCAGAUGCACUUGCCCAGGACUCGCUAAGUAGGACACCACUGCAUGCAGCAUCAGGCGAGGGGAAUGCAGAAUGUGUCAGGCUACUGGUGGAGAAAGGAGAUGAUGUGGACAAGAGGGACAGCAACGGUGCAACACCACUACACCGUGCAGCAUCCAGUGGCAAGACUGAGAUUGUGAAGCUACUGCUGGACGCUGGUGCAGAUGCACUUGCCCAGGACUCGCUAAGUAGGACACCACUGCAUGCAGCAUCAGGCGAGGGGAAUGCAGAAUGUGUCAGGCUACUGGUGGAGAAAGGAGAUGAUGUGGACAAGAGGGACAGCAACGGUGCAACACCACUACACCGUGCAGCAUCCAGUGGCAAGACUGAGAUUGUGAAGCUACUGCUGGACGCUGGUGCAGAUGCACUUGCCCAGGACUCGCUAAGUAGGACACCACUGCAUGCAGCAUCAGGCGAGGGGAAUGCAGAAUGUGUCAGGCUACUGGUGGAGAAAGGAGAUGAUGUGGACAAGAGGGACAGCAACGGUGCAACACCACUACACCGUGCAGCAUCCAGUGGCAAGACUGACAUUGUGAAGCUACUGCUGGACGCUGGUGCAGAUGCACUUGCCCAGGACUCGCUAAGUAGGACACCACUGCAUGCAGCAUCAGGCGAGGGGAAUGCAGAAUGUGUCAGGCUACUGGUGGAGAAAGGAGAUGAUGUGGACAAGAGGGACAGCAACGGUGCAACACCACUACACCGUGCAGCAUCCAGUGGCAAGACUGAGAUUGUGAAGCUACUGCUGGACGCUGGUGCAGAUGCACUUGCCCAGGACUCGCUAAGUAGGACACCACUGCAUGCAGCAUCAGGCGAGGGGAAUGCAGAAUGUGUCAGGCUACUGGUGGAGAAAGGAGAUGAUGUGGACAAGAGGGACAGCAGCGGUGCAACACCACUACACCGUGCAGCAUCCAGUGGCAAGACUGAGAUUGUGAAGCUACUGCUGGACGCUGGUGCAGAUGCACUUGCCCAGGACUCGCUAAGUAGGACACCACUGCAUGCAGCAUCAGGCGAGGGGAAUGCAGAAUGUGUCAGGCUACUGGUGAAGGAAGGAGAUGAUGUGGACAAGAGGGACAGCAACGGUGCAACACCACUACACCGUGCAGCAUCCAGUGGCAAGACUGAGAUUGUGAAGCUACUGCUGGACGCUGGUGCAGAUGCACUUGCCCAGGACUCGCUAAGUAGGACACCACUGCAUGCAGCAUCAGGCGAGGGGAAUGCAGAAUGUGUCAGGCUACUGGUGGAGAAAGGAGAUGAUGUGGACAAGAGGGACAGCAACGGUGCAACACCACUACACCGUGCAGCAUCCAGUGGCAAGACUGAGAUUGUGAAGCUACUGCUGGACGCUGGUGCAGAUGCACUUGCCCAGGACUCGCUAAGUAGGACACCACUGCAUGCAGCAUCAGGCGAGGGGAAUGCAGAAUGUGUCAGGCUACUGGUGGAGAAAGGAGAUGAUGUGGACAAGAGGGACAGCAGCGGUGCAACACCACUACACCGUGCAGCAUCCAGUGGCAAGACUGAGAUUGUGAAGCUACUGCUGGACGCUGGUGCAGAUGCACUUGCCCAGGACUCGCUAAGUAGGACACCACUGCAUGCAGCAUCAGGCGAGGGGAAUGCAGAAUGUGUCAGGCUACUGAUGCACUUGCUCAGGACUCUAAGUAGGACGCCACUGCAUGUAGCAUCAGGCGAGGGGAAUGCAGAAUGUGUCAGGCUACUGGUGGAGAAAGGAGCUGAUGUCGACAAGAGGGACAGUAACGGUGCAACACCACUACACCGUGCAGCAUCCAGUGGCAAGACUGACAUUGUGAAGGUACUGCUUGACGCUGGUGCAGAUGCACUUGCCCAGGACUCGCUAAGUAGGACACCACUGCAUGUAGCAUCAGGCGAGGGGAAUGCAGAAUGUGUCAGGCUACUGGUGGAGAAAGGAUAUGAUGUGGACAAGAGGGACAGCAACGGUGCAACACCACUACACCGUGCUGCAUCCAGUGGCAAGACUGAGAUUGUGAAGCUACUGCUGGACGCUGGUGCAGACCCGCUUGCGGGGGACUCACAUAGGUGCACACCACUGUACUACGCAGCCUUGAGGAGGAAUAAAGUGUGUGUCAUAAUGUUACUGUAUGCAGCCUGGGUCAGACACAGAGCAAGCAAAUAAAGCUGGCCAUAGACCACUCUACUGUCCAGCUACGUCUGCUGUUGAGGUCAAUGUUCCGGCGGCGCAAUGUUCAUGUGAGUGAGGUGUUCAAAAUUUACUUCUCGUCUACAGGUCGUUUAAAAGACGCACUAAGCUGUUCAUUCACGGAAAUCAGCACUCGUUUGAACACCCACUUAAAAAGACCCUUCUCCUACCAGAACAUCAACCUCAACGCAGCUUAUGGUAAGCUUGUACAGUCCAACCGAAAACUCUGAACGUUUCAAAUUCAGUAAAUAAAAUUUUUAAAGCUUUGAUGUAAGCUCAUUUGUACACAUUUGGUUUAAAUACAUAAAGUGCCUGGCAGAGAAAAAAUAAUGUUGUGUUAAAAAAAUUGUAGCUCGUUGCUGUACUCUC